UUGGUGACGCGCAGUUUGUGGCGCUGUCUGUGGUGCUGGAGGGUGUGGGCCUGGGGUAACCCCGGUGUUAUAACACACUGCCCUGGCCUGGGGGUUAACACUCGUGACAAGUUAGAAUGGAAAAGGAAACAAACAAGUGACCGAACUGGGUCAGCUAAGAGAAUGCAACAUGGGCAGGAAUGGACCAAAGAGAGUCUGCAGGACGAGUCAGAUGCCAUGCCACCGACCACCCCGCAACACCUGUCUGUCCAGGAGCUGAGCCCCUGCUGCAGUGUGAGUGAAAGGAGACCCCUCCGGCUCCAUGGCUCAUCCGUCAGAGCCGUCCCGCAGGGAGAAGACCCCUGGCACUCAGGGGUCGCACACGGCUACACGCAACCUCCUCCGAAAGAAGGAGCAGCGCCGUCGUGGAAUACGAUCCUCCUCACCCAUGGGCAGGGUCAUCCUCAUCAACUCUCCUGUGGAUGGUGGAGAUGACAGUGAAGACCUGCACACAAUCACAGUGGACAAGAGUUUGGAUGGGAGACUUGGCUUCAGCGUCAGAGGAGGAUCUGAACAUGGGCUCAGCAUCUUUGUCAGUAAAGUGGAGGAUGACAGCACAGCGGAGGAGGCAGGUCUCCGUGUUGGGGACAAACUGGUGGAGGUGAAUGGGAUCAGUCUGGAGAGUAUUACAAUGAGCAGUGCUGUUAAAGUCUUGACCGGAAGCAACAGGCUGAGGAUGGUGGUACGACGUGUUGGCAAGGUCCCCGGCAUCCGUUACUCCAAGGAAAAGACCACAUGGGUGGAUUUGGUACACAGACGGAUGGUGGUGGAGGAGAGUGGAAAGACCCCAUCUGAGGCCAGCUCUGGAAGUGCUCUGCAAAGAAUUGUUCACCUGUACACCACUUCUGAUGAUUACUGCCUGGGGUUUAACAUACGAGGAGGAAAAGAGUUUGGACUUGGUAUCUAUGUCUCCAAACUGGAUCCUGGUGGUCUCGCUGAACAAAAUGGCAUUAAAAUGGGGGACCAGAUUCUUGCCGCCAACGGGGUCAGUUUUGAGGACAUCAGUCACAGCAGCGCAGUGGAAGUACUGAAGAGUCACACACACGUUAUGCUCACUAUUAAGGAAGCUGGACGGUACCCUGCCUAUAAAGAGAUGGUGGCUGAAUACAGAUGGUUGAAUAAAUUGGCCAAUGGCACCCAGAACUCUUCGUCUCAGGGCUCAGACUCGACCUCCUCGGCCUCCUCUCUCUCCUCCGGGACUCCAGUCAGCUCUCUCAGUGGUCUGUCCCAGGUCAUGUUCCCUCCCAGUCUGCCGUUCGGCUCUGACAUGGUGGACGUCUGCAUCUCCACUGAAGACCAGAGGUCUGAACCAGAACACUCCGACAUCCCAAAUGACACGACUCGCAGCCUAGGCCCGACCACUCUGCUCAAAGACACCGCCAUCCGAGGAGACGAUGACAAAAAGAAGAAAGAAUCGCCCAAAACAGCCGUGCUCCUCGCCCUCAGUAAACCCAGCCGCCCCAUCACCAGGUCCCAGAGCCAAGUCACUAUAGCAGAGAUUACACAAAAGAAGGACAAAAAGCAGAAAGGAAAGGACCCAGAGGAGAAGAGCACCCUGCAGAGGUCUAAAACUUUUGUAAACCUGCUGUUCAAGGGUGGACGUAGGGGGCGCUCCAAGUCCAGUGACAGGGCUGGAAAAGAUGGAAAACAGCCAAACACAGAGAUGUUGGGGGUGGUGGAGGGGAUGGCCCGGAGACUGCUGACAGAGGAGGAGGUGGCUGCAGUCAUGAAGACCUGCCGCAGGUACAUAGCAGAACAGUCAGUAGAAACCUUCAUACGCCACCUACUGGGCAUUUUGGACAGACCUGAAAAGUUACUACUGCUGAGAGAAGCAAGGAUGCUGCUUUCUCCGUCUGACCUCACUUUAUUCAACAGCAUGGUAGCCCCAAUCGAAGCUGAGGCCUAUGACAUCCUAAAGUAUCGCUCAAUCCGAACUCCUCCACUUCGCUCCCCCAACGCAGGUCGGACCCCCAAAAGGCACCUCAUCACACCCAUCCCAGACUACAGAGGCGGCUUUGAGCUACACCAUGCUGAGGAGGUGGAGAAAGAGAGCCACCUACUGGAGCAACUGGAGAAGCUCAGUCUGACUGCUCCUCGUGGGCCCAGACCCCACACGUCCAGUGCCUUCACCCCUCUGUUAGACAUACCAGUGGACGGUUACCACUCUGAAUCCUCAAACCUCAAACCUCCCUCCAGCCCCAUGGUCCCCAACUGGCUCCUGGCUCGCGCCGAAGACUCCCGCUCCCCCCUAAGAACUGACAUAGGAACUGUCCGCUCGGUUCAUUUUGACGAAGUUUCACUACAUUCAGUGUCAGAUAAAAGCAAUGCAACUUCUGAGAGAGGCAGGUCCCCUUUUAGGAACGGACACUCCAAAGGUAAAAAGGAGGUUUUGUUUACGCUUCAAAGUGCCUCAAACAGAAGUCGGCCUUUGCUGUCCCAAGUGUUCCCCGAGUUUGGACCAAAACAGAGAAAUGUGAACGGACAUUUAUCUGAGAAUGGACUCAAUGGGACAGGGCCUGAAGAGAAGUACGACCUCAAGACGGUCAGCAUCUCCAAGACUAAGCAAUCUCUAGGUAUCAGUAUAUCUGGUGGCAUGGAAUCAAAGGUUCAGCCAAUUAUAAAGAUAGAGAAGAUUUUUCCUGGAGGAGCAGCUUCAACCAGUGAAGUACUAAAGGCUGGAUUUGAGCUGGUGUCGGUGGACGGAGUGUCUUUACAGGGAGUCACUCAUCAACACGCUGUGGACAUUAUCCGAAAAGCCUUCAGUAACAAGGCCAAAGACCCCAUGGUUUUUGUCGUCAAAGUCCCACAAAAUCCUUAAGAGGAUCAGCCUGGACUCUGCUGCACUUGAACUAAGCCACAGACACAAGAGUUUAGUCACAACAACUUAAAUCUAGUCAGAGGUGGGUAGAGAGUACUAUAGAACAUUGGCUGUGGUUACAUGCACGUCAAAAAUCUGAUUAUUAACAUUUUUUUAAUUAUAAGACUAUUAAUAAAAUGAAAUGUAAACAGCAAAAUCAUCUAAUUUCUUUCUGAUGAUGCUCCCUCUGAUAACUCACAUCAGAUUUUGCGGUAUACAUGUCAUUUACAGGGCCCAUAUUACACUAUUUUCCUAUCUAUGUUAUAAUGUUUCCUCAUCACAAACAGACCUGGAGUUAUGUUUUAUUUCAUUCAUACAUCUUUAAUAUGCAAACCCUUAGACUUUAGAGUUCUUUUCUCAAACUGAAAACACUCUGUUCCACCUUGUGAUGUCAUGUGGUGAUACAGGAAGUGCUCCACUGUGUUUUUAAACUCUAUACACCUUCACUAGUGGGAGGGUCAUUCAAUUUUUAGGGGUAUCCCGGGCCUGAAAAGUUAAAUACUUACAAUACAUCUUCACCAUUUUAUUAUAAUAUCAUCACAAAGCUUGGCUCACUGACUUAUGCGUGUUGUGAGGAGUAACCACACAUUUUGCACAAGUAGAGUACUGUCCCUUCAAAAUACUACUAAAAAUUAAAAAAUGUUGUGUAAUAAUUAAACUAUUUAAAGUAAAAGUGCACUCAAAAGUUGCUCAGGUCAGUGUAACUAUGUCCCUGAUUACUACCCACCUCUGAAUGUUGUAUAAUACAAACAAAAACAGAAAUAUUUCUCAUAAACAGAAACGUUUCUUUUAAAUAUGCAGGGUUUUUUUUCGAUUUGCUUGAACAAUGGACUAUGACGGCAGCAAAACUGGAUGAUAGUAUUUUAUUAACUGAUUUUUUUCUGUAACAAAACCAUCCAGCCAAUUCACGAGGAGUGGGUGUCCUCAUUCUCUUGAAUUAUUAAACGCAGGCUGAUGAGCUGCAAAUUGAAACCUGAGUGUUUUUAAAUGUCUGUGGUCAUAAAAUCAUCUGACACCAUGAAGACAGUGUCAUUUGUACGUAGUUGUUUCCUGUAGGGGGCAGACAAGAGCCACUUACUGCAAACGUUUAUAAGAUAACACAGUAACAGAUUGAGGACAUUUGGAAAUUAAGUGUAGUCCUUUUUGUUUUUAUAAACAUGGAAGGAAAAUGUAUUGGA